UCAUAACUCUUCUGAUUUUUGAAAAGGGAAUGGUGGGGAGAGCUCACGCAGACGACGUGAUAGUAUGAUAGUGUCUAACCGUACAUAAAUGUGUGCUGACGUAGGGUAUUGGGAGGAGUUUCGAUAAGUUUGAAAGAUUCACGAAACAAGCGGAAUCGUAAAACUCUUGGAGUACUAGUAAAAAAAGACAGUAAAAAAUGGCAGAAUUAGCGGCUUUGUUGCGUCAGGACAUACCAGAAGGGAGGACAAAUUUGGCUGACAGUCACACGAACUUGGAGCGUGUAGCAGAAUACUGCGAAGCUAAUUAUUUUCAAGCUGAAAACAAAAGGAUUGCUUUGGAGGAGACGAAGAAUUACACGACUCAGUCGUUAGCAAGUGUUGCCUACCAGAUAAACACUUUGGCUUACAAUUUUUUACAACUAUUAGAUUUGCAGACUUCUCAGUUGGCCGAAAUGGAAAGUCAGAUGAAUCAUAUCGACCAAACAGUAAUGAUACACAAAGAAAAAGUAGCAAGAAGAGAAAUCGGUGUUCUGACAGCCAACAAGAUGACAACAAGGCAAUACAAGAUCAUAGCACCGGCAAAUCCUGAGAAACCUAUUAAAUACGUGAGAAAAUGUAUUGAUUAUACGAUUCUUGAUGAAAUUGGUCACGGUGUAAGAAGCUCAGGAACUCCCAGAAGCAAACAACGAGGCGGCAGUCAAGGCAGUGUUCAGAGCUUAGGCGCAGCCUCCACUGGAUCUGGUUUAGCAGCGGCUAUGGUUGGUCCUGCACCAACAACGAAACCACCCACUCCUCCACAAACCGUGCGAACUGGAACUCUCAGUAAAGGCUCUCGCGAAUAUAGGACUCCCCCAGCUGUCGCACCGCCUCAAGUUCCCAGCCACUAUGCGCCGAAUUAUCCUCUCGGCCAUCCCAGACGAGAAAGAGGACCUGGCUACAGCACUCUACCUCUCCACGCUCACACCACUUCUCAUUCCACCCACAAUAACAAUCACAAUUCCAUCUCCAACACCAUUGGCCAACACACUUCGCCACCUCAAAUUGGCACUGUUCAUCCUCUUCAAAGUCAUCCCCAGAUCCCACCACCCGCGCCACCCAGUGUCACAGGAUCCUCUGGUUACUCGUCCGAACAACAUAAUAGCAUGCCACCCCCUCCAUCGCCAUUGGUUGGAAUUGGCAGCGAUUUGGGCGAUUAUACCGGACAUCACACGUUACCACACAGGCUGUCACAUCAGAUAAGUCGCAGCAGCGGAGCGAGUAGUCCACCGCUGCCUCCGCCACCACCACCCGAGCAGGACGAACAUCCGCAAUUCGGACGCCCUCAACAAUCCAGCGGUGCGAUAAUGCCGAUUGUACCCGAUGAGGAAGAUUUACCAGGCUGGGUGCCCAAAAAUUAUAUCGAAAAAGUCGUCGCGAUUUACGAUUAUUACGCCGACAAAGAGGACGAGCUGAGUUUCCAGGAAAGCAGCGUAAUUUAUGUGUUGAAGAAGAACGAUGAUGGAUGGUGGGAGGGCGUGAUGGAUGGUAUAACGGGUCUGUUUCCGGGUAAUUACGUCGAACCAUGUGUCUAAAAUUAUUUUGGCUGGUAAUCAGCCAAACUACGAAAUAUCGAGGCUUCAGAGAAGGACGUCAAUAGUUUAUUAUUAAUUAUUCUAUCGAUGAAUAAUUCAAGUUCUUCGUGAAAGGCGUUCCUUAUUGAAUUUUUUCUUUUCGCAUGUCAUCCAAAAUCACGGAGCACCCGUUGAAUAUCAAGAAAAUUUUUAGCCCACAAAACUGGAAUACGUAAAUAAAAAUUAAUUUUAAAUGACUUUUUUCGGGAGUACGAUUAAUGUUUGAUUGCUGAGGAAAGGAAUUUAGGCACAUGAAUCAACGUAAAUAGAAUGUAAGCAAACUCUCGUAAUUUUUCGAUCCCCGUAUGAAUAAAUUUCAUAUUUAUGGAUGUGUGUACACAGUUUUGGUAUGGCAAGUAUCGAUUUGAUCUUGACCAAUUGUUAGCUCAUAAUUUUUAUACUAGUUUUUCUGCAUCGAAAUAUUCAUUUCAUUUUCUUACUAAAUCCAAUGACAAUUUGCCUGAGUUUUUAUUUCCCUCAUUUUGCCAACACAAUUUCACUUUCUUUCAGUUUGAAAUACUCAUUUCCAAUUCCCAUUGGAUGCUUGUAUUUUGGAUAUUUCAAAAAAAUUAGUAUUCUUUUAAAACUCAGUAAAAUCGUGUGAAAAAUUGAAGCAAAAGUAAAGUUCGAAACUUUUCGUGUACACGUUGAUAAAUAUGAACUUUGAAUCGUACAAAGAAAUAUAUCAUGGAAUCCUCCCUCCAAAUCAAACGAAAGCGAGAAAAAUGAGUCAAACUUUUGUAAACUCGGGCGAAAAGUUGUAUUUUUCGAGAUAAAAGAAAAACCAAGAGAAACGAACAAAACGGACGAAUCAUAUUUAUGCUAAUAAUAACAAAAAAUCUCGAUUGAUUGUCAAUCAUAAGUUAUGAUUAAAAGCAACAUUGUCCAUUGUGUCGUAUUAAAAAGUAAAAUUAACGUAUGUAUUUCUAUAUAAAUAUUUUUCCGUGACCAAGUACGAUCAACAGUGAGAAAUCAAAAUAUCAGAAACACCCCUUUCUUGCCGGAACGUGCAAAUGGAAAUCAUCAAAAAAAAAAAAACGAAAAAAAAUCGAAACAAAACAAAAACAUAGAAAUUAUCUUGGCUUUUUAUAGUCGCGUAUGCAUUUAUUAAACUCGUAAAUUUAAACAUAAUUCAUAGUACGAAUUCUUCAUAAUUUUAGUAAUUAUUUUAUUAGAAAAAAUGUUGUAUUCAGCUUGAAAUAAAAAUUUGAAUAAGUCAA